AUGGGCAGCCAGGCCCUAUCACUAUGGUCGGACGCUGCAGCCAAGCUGAGCGAGGCUGACCAGAAACUACUCGCUUUUGACGAUGCCAGCAAUCACGACAGCAGAAGCCUCGAUGUUAUUGAUAAACUUGGACAGACGACCAACGAAGCCUACGAGACCUGUAUUCGCAAACGAUGGCAGAUCAAACUGCCCGGCAAACAAGAUAAGAUUAUCGUGCGCGACCUGCUCGGCAAGAUCACACACUGGAUCGAAGUGUUCAAGACUGUUGGAGAUCAGGCAAUCUCGUUUGAUCCGGGACAUGCUGCCUUGCCGUGGGCUGGGGCUCGGUUUCUCUUGCAGGUUGGUCUCAUGAAGCGGGAUGAACGAAAUGAUACGAGGCUGAUGAGAUGGUUUACUCUAACCUAG